GGGGUUGAAUUGGGGUGUUGAGUCGGGACGCAGCCAUUGUUUUGAACUCCGUGUAACCAUUGACCGUCCAGUGGGAGAGGAUUUUUGCGCACGAUGGCUCUGUUGUGGAUAUGGUGAAUGGACGUUGGCCGAUUGCAUAUGUGGCGCUGGCUGGCAGUGGAGUAAUGAAGCUAAAGGACCUUUACACAGACGACCAACUUUGAUUUGUGGGGGUUGAAGGCUCGCACUUGGAAGAUGGAUUGACCUUUGCCUCGACUUCCCUCCUGUUCCUCGCAUCGUCUCUGUCUGUCCGGCGGCAAGGAGAGCGAGGCUGCAGCUGGCUCAUGGCGGGAAGCGGCAGGGCUGGGGGCCAUUUGUUCUGGCACCUGUUCUCACCUUUCCGGAGCAGGCCGGAGCGGGUCGUUCUGGCACGCAGCGAGAGCUCGCCCGGCGAGAGCGUUCUGAAAAUCACCAUCACCGAGACCACUGUGAUCGAGGCCGACUCGGGCGUGUGGAACACCAAGUCCCUCGUCUAUCUCGGCUUGUGGUACUUCUUCAGCUUCUGCACACUCUUCCUAAACAAGUACAUCCUGUCUCUGCUGGAGGGGGAGCCCAGCAUGCUGGGUGCUAUUCAGAUGCUGUCUACCACUGUAAUUGGCUGCAUGAAGAUGUAUAUCCCUUGCUGCUUGUACCAACACAAGUCCAGGGCAGAGUACCCUCCCAACUUCCUGAUGAUUAUGCUCUUUGUUGGAUUAAUGAGGUUCAGCACUGUGGUAUUGGGACUGGUCAGUCUGAAGAACGUGGCGGUUUCCUUUGCAGAGACCGUGAAGAGCUCAGCACCAAUUUUCACAGUCAUCAUGUCCAGACUUAUCUUGGGAGAGUAUAUAGGGCUGUGGGUGAACCUGUCCCUGUUUCCAAUCAUGGCCGGCUUGGCGCUCUGCACAGCCACAGAGAUCAGCUUCAACAUGCUGGGCUUCUCUGCUGCCCUCUCCACAAACAUCAUGGACUGUUUGCAGAAUGUGUUUUCGAAGAAGCUGCUUAGUGGGGACAAGUAUAAAUUCAGUCCUCCAGAGCUCCAGUUUUACACCAGUGCUGCUGCGAUCAUAAUGCUUAUUCCUGCGUGGAUUUUCAUGCUGGAUAUGCCUGUGAUUGGGAAGAGCGGGCGUAGCUUCAGCUUCAGCCAGGACAUCAUCGUGCUGCUGCUGUUCGACGGGGUCCUCUUCCACCUCCAGAGCGUCACCGCCUACGCUCUGAUGGGCCGCAUCUCACCCGUCACCUUCAGUGUUGCCAGCACGGUGAAACACGCCCUGUCCAUCUGGCUGAGCAUCAUCGUGUUCAGCAACAAGAUCACGGUGCUGUCGGCGGUCGGGACGGUUCUGGUCAUCAUCGGGGUCAUGCUGUACAACAAGGCCAGGCAGGCGCAGAGAGAUGCCUUACACGCCCUGGCCCAAGCUGCCGAGGCAGACCAGAAGCCCCUGCUGCAGGAGUGUGACAUCAGGGCUGCGGAGUAGCGCGCCCCCCC